UGAACGAGCCACUCAAGAGCAGGUGGACAGCAUUAUGGCAACCAUUGUCGCUUCGUGCCCACGCCUCGCUCGUCUGCACUUGUCCGCCAUGGACGAGGUCGUGCUGCAGAGUUGCGACGGCCUUCUCGAUUGGCUCGCGCGUCCCAGUGCACGGCUGCUCAAGCUCGAUAGCAUUGAGUUUGCGCCGCGCGCUGCCAAGACCUUGGCACGCGUGCUUCUCUCGUCGACGACGCUACGUACCAUCAUGCUCUUUUACACGCCCCAUACCCGCGAUGCGUUUUUCGAUCCGACUGCGCCCCCGCUGCCCCGCCAGCUGCGCAAGCUCACCAUUGAGCUCGACGCCAACUGGGACAUAACACCGGCUCUUUUCGACAAGCUGGCGACGUCCGCCGUCACGCGUUUGCACCUGAGAAGCGAUGUGCAUCGGGAUGUGGCGCCCGUCGUAGCCGCCCUGGCCCCCACGUUGAAGGCACUCAAGCUCGACGAAGCCAAGAUGAAAAGGCUUCCGCCGCUGCCGGUACUCCAAUACCUUCAACUAAGCGAUGUGACCUUGGCAAGCGAGGCCGUUGUCGAUCUUGCGUCCUUGCUUGUUACCUCGACAUCGCUCUUCCGACUCGACCUUCGACACUCGGAGUUGCCCGACGACCAGCUCCAAACGAUCUUGUACGCGCUGCCGCGCUGGCUGAGUCGGCAACAACGCACGUGCUACGUCUACCUCUCUGUGUCGCCGGAGACCGAGACGCUGGUCACCGCGGCGCUGCUCCGGACGCGCAACACGCUCGAGGUCCAGCUCGAGAUAAACAGCGCCGAGCUCGCAGUGUGCCAACGCCUCUUGACGGUCCUUGGCGCCACGUCGCGCAUGAAGAUGCGCUUUAUUUGCCUCGGCGAUAGAAUCUGCAAUCAUGAAAGACUCGAGACGCACGCCCGUUUGCAGCGCGUAGAAACUGAGUCCAGCUGGCUUCUCUCGCCCAGCACCACACCAUGGGUGUCGCUUGCAUAA